ACGUGGAGGAGAUGCAGUGAGCCAGCAUCUGUCACGUGACCACGCCGUUGUCUACGUGACGUGACACAGAAGUGUUAGCUUGACAACUUUCAUUUUGUCCUUAAGGGCUGUGAUAGGACGCCCAGAGAGAAUGGAUGGGUUUCCUCUGACCUUCACAGAGACAGUGUGCUUUGGUGCCAGCUUGAGCCUCUCUGGUGUCUUUUACUAUUUUUACAAAAGAAAUAGAUUAACAGUUCAGAAACUUGAAAAUGCUCCACACAUUAGUAUAGAUGGAAAACUCAAAGACCUUUUGAAAGUUACUCCUGGACACUGCCUACAGUAUGCUGUGGUUGAAGGUACAGUAAAACCAGUGGAUGAGACUCUAACAAGCCAUUUCAACAAAGACAUUUCCGGUGUGUUGCAAAAAUUUACAAUUAAAGAGCACAGGCUGAUAUGGAGCAGCUUUUCCCGCACAUGGACGGACUCAGAACGCAUCUUACACCAAAGAGUGAAUAUGGUCCCCUUUGUUUUGUUUGGAUUAGACAAGGCUGCGGUGAAAGUUCAGUCUCCUCUCCAUGCAGAUGGAAUGUACACAGAAGUCAUCAAUGAGAAAUUUCACCAGCCCACUCUUAGUUUUGGAGAGCUUGUAGGAUUUUACCUCAGUGGAGAAAAGCCUAAAGGAGUCCUGGAGAUUGAAGAAAUGCUUAAGGUGGGUACAACUCUUACCGGCAUCGGCGAGUUGACCCUAGACACAGACGGCACCGUGACCCUUCGACCCCCCUCUGAUAAUUCUCCAUAUUUUUUGAGCUUGACAGACUUUGAAAACCUGCGAAAUGAAUCUUGCAACAUAGCUGUUUUUUGGAAGGUGCUCGCUGUUGUCUCCGCCUUGGCCGGGACAGCAGUGCUCUUCUGGGCCGGCCUACGAUUCUACCGCACCAUUAAGGAUCGCUGGGACCAGGAGGCAAUAUGCAGGGAAUUUGCCCGUCGGCAAGCUGAAGCCGCAAGACAACGUGCCGAAAGAGCAAAUGGAGAAAGUUCUGAAGAGGAAGAUAACAAUCAAAUGGGGAAUGUCUGUGUGAUCUGUCUCAGUGAACCAAGGGACUGCAUCCUGUUGGAAUGUGCACACGUGUGCUGCUGCUUUGCCUGCUACCAGGCCCUCCCACAAAAAAAGUGCCCCAUCUGUCGGAAGAAAAUUUCCCGGGUUCUGCCGUUCUAUCAGCCUUAAGGCGACUGUGUGAUCAUUUACCUUCAGUGCACUAAGGCUCUACAAUAAAUCUGAAAUAAAAAGA